UGUCGUUUGGUUUGGGAAAUUUUAGUUGUGAUUUGCGAUCAUAUGUUGACCUGACCUGCUUGCCAGUAGAUAUACAACUUACACUGUGGCUGUCAGUAGACGACAAUGAGCAACAUCUACGUCCAGGAGCCGUCUACCUCGGGGAAGGUGUUGCUUGUCACUACGUCCGGCGAUAUUGAUAUUGAGCUCUGGCCCAAAGAGACUCCGAAGGCAUGCCGCAACUUCAUCCAGCUCUGUCUUGAUGGCUACUAUGAUGGCACCAUAUUCCACCGCAUUAUCAAAGGUUUUAUUGCACAAGGUGGUGAUCCGACUGGAACUGGCGAAGGUGGAGAGUCUAUCUAUGGAGAAACAUUCAAGGAUGAGUUUCAUCAGCGUAUUCGCUUCAAUCGCCGAGGCCUUGUUGCCAUGGCAAAUGGCGGUCCUAAUGACAAUGGCAGUCAGUUUUUCUUCACCCUGGAUCGAUGUGAUCAUCUCAAUGGAAAGCACACCAUAUUCGGCAAGGUUACUGGACCAACACUCUACAACAUGUUGCAGCUAGCAGACCGGGAUGUAGGAGCUAAUGAUCGUCCGUACAAUCCGCCGGUGAUCAAGCGAACUGAGGUCCUAGCCAAUCCGUUUCCUGAUGUUGAACGCCGAGCACCACAGCAACUGGACAUGAAGCAGUCUGAUGAGCCAGCAAUCAAGUCUAAAUCCCGUGCUACAAAAAACUUCAGCUUGCUGUCAUUCGGCGAGGAAGCAGAAGAGGACGAGGAGGAAGUGAUGACAGCGACAAAGAGCAAGAAAAUUGUCAGUAGUCACGACGUGCUAAAUGAUCCUAAGCUCAGCUCUCAAACAGUGACGGAGGACAACAGAGACGAAUCGGUUAACGAAGCAGCUCCAGCUGCAUCGGCACACAUUAAGCGGAAACGACACAGCGGCUCAGACGGUGCCGGAAGUGGUUCGGAGAGUUCAGGCGAUGAUCGAUACAACCGAGAGAUGAAGCAGCGUAUCUCUGAGAAACUGCAUCGCAAGAAGAAUGCCAAAGAGGGACUGGCCGUCAAUGACGACCACGAUGAGGGUGACUUCAUUUCACCACGCCAACGCGAACUGAAUCGGAAAAAGGCCGAACUGCGGAGAGAGGCAUUGUUGCUGAAGAAGUCGAUGCGGAAGACGGACGAUGCAUCCGAGGAGAGCACUGAAGAGGCAGCCGCGCCCGUCAGUGAAGCAGUGCAGGACUACCGACGGCACCUCGAGCAGUAUGGCCAACGCAAGAAGAGCCAGAUCAAGAAGAAGGGCUCCUCUCGCGAGAGUCAGGCAAUUGCACUGCUGGAGAAGUUCUCCAAUCGCCUGAAAAAGGCAAGCUCAGGCCAGGAUGAUGGGGCUGCAUCUCUAGCACAAGUCGCCGACUAUUCCGAAGAGGAGACGGAGAAGACGAAGGACGUGGCCGUCGAUGAGAAGGCCAACUCCAGUGAAGAUGACUGCGGGUGGCGCAGUCACUCUUUGGUCAGUGAAAGCACAGGACCUCGCCUAGCCAAGGAUGCCAGCUCAAUCACGGAGGACACCUACGACAUAUCUGACCCUCGGCACCCGAUCAACAAGCGCCGUCGCAAGGCCCAGAAGCAGCGUGAGCAGAGCAAGGGUUAUCGCCAUUAGGCAGUGUGAACACGACACAAGGACGAGUGGAAUUACAUGUAUACCAUUGCACCGUUGUGUUAAUUGUGUGUCAUGUUGCCGUGUUAUUGUUGUCAUCUAGCUUGUGAGUUGUGACAGGCAACAAAGCAAUGCCUUGUGCUGGUGGUGGUGCUGGUUGUGGUGGUGGAUAGCAUGCUGCACUGUCAAGUUGUUGACCCAUCAUGAUGAGCGCAUAGUAGUAUAGCACACAUUGGAAAUGGCGCGCGAUGGAGCUGCCUGCUGACACAUCACAUGUCAUUGCAAUACACAUGGUGACAUACAGUCAGCUUAGUGUGAAUCACGGCACCACACUGCACAAUGUCAUUCAUUGAGCCGUUGGCAGUAGCAACGGUGGCGGCUGCCCAACAUAUUCACAGUAAGUGCGACACACACACACACACACAUACACACGUUCUGUGUUUGUGUAGUGUCUGCAUGACUGUAUCACUGGUGACUGUUGUGCAGUUGGCUGCUUGCACGUGUUCGUACUUUGAGCAUGUGUGAGAGUAUGUGCUUCUGCUGCUGGUGGUGCUGGUGUUGGUGCUGCUGGUGGUGGUACCAGUGGUGCUGAUGGUGUGGUCGGUGUACAUCGAACAUGUGUGCUAGGUUGUGUGUUGUGCAGAGUUAUAUGUACAGCUACACUCCGCAGUGUAGUCUGUUGCUCCUAGUACACGUAUUCAUGGAUCAAUGGCCUUGGACCACAAUACACCUUUUGUCUGCCACGGCGCACCAAAGCAAAGACAAACUACUUCCUUUGUGACAUGUUUUCUAAUAUGUCAAAUCAUUGAUUUGCUGUUUCUCUCUCUAUCGCUGGCAUCAUACAUCAACACUUCCCGGUCCUGUUUGCAUUGUAAACCGAUGUAUUGUGUUGUAUCCGGGUGUGUAUUGUACAUGUAGUACACGUGUAGUAACAGCGACAGUGGAAUUCAUUGUACAGUGUAUGCAUCUCUACCAGGUCUGCUGCCCCACUGGGAGCGAGUGGCAGGCUGUGAUUAUUAAUGGUUAUACAGUCUACACUGGUACUGUAGUGGUAGUGGUAUUAUGCAGUCCCAGCACCACACUACACACGGUAGUCAGCCGGCAGGUCAUGUUCUCCUGCUUUAAAGUGCUAUCUAUUGCACAGUACAGGUGACUUACGCAGCCAGCUGUCAACACGACGUGUUUCCUGGCAUCGCUGCCGUCGUCAUGCGCCAUGUUGCUCGUCUCGGCGCAGCCAGUCACUUGCUCCUGGGAGUGAGACCAUCUCUCUCUAUGGAAGGACCGCGUUGACAUGGUCAUGGAGCAAGGUUAGAGCUGUGUGUUAUGUUCCUGUGAUGCAUAUUAUUUAUGUACCGGUAUUACAGCAUCUGCAGACUACACAUCUCAAUAGACUGCCAUUGUGUGCCAGCAUCUGCAGACUACACACCUCAAUAGACUGCCAUUGACUGCCAUUGCGAGCAGCGCAUGAGCAUACAGUCAUGUAUAUGUUACCUGUGACGUGGCUGUCCCCCCCCCCCACACACACACACUAUUAUUUUUAGAUACUACAUGUACUUUGAAUUGUGAGAUUGAGAAUGGUGAUUUACACCUGGGGGCACAUACUAAGUUAAGUAAGUUGAGUACAUGUACAGUUUUUUAAAGUAUUAGUGUAAUCAUGAUUGUACUGCCUGUUUUCAACCUUUCUAUGUCAGACUGCCUCAGUUUGCUGCUAUUGAUGUGUUGCAUCCUCCCCUCCCUUCCCAUCCCAUCCUUUUUCUUCUUUUUCGCUUGAUGCAAGCCUCUUGACAUAGGUCUACGUACACUCAACCUAGAGAUUUCUUUAUGCCAGUACUCUACA